AUGCCUGUAAAGUCUCAUCAGGUCUCAAGGCCAAAGUCCAAGCGGUCUACAUCUUCUUCAGUGCUUGCACGACAAAAGAAGCUAGAACUGGAGGCGGCAGAGGCAAAGGCAAAGAUUCAAAUGGAACUGAUAGACAAACGUUUAGCGGCGAACCUAGCAGAAAUUGACGACGAGCGUAGUGUAAGGUCUGAUUACACUAACAAGGAGGUAGAGGAGUGGUUGGAGCGCAGCCAUCGCGAACUAGAAGCACAGCCCGUCCACGAUCAGGGUCAGACAACGGACGUGCCGUGCGCGCCGGUCAAAUGGGAUACCGGCACUAAGGGAACAGUUCAACUCCUGGCCAGCGCACUUAAGGAUCUUACAGCCGCUUCUACCAGCAACAAUCUUAACUCCAACCUGUUAAGUAGAAAUUGUACACCAAAAGACUUACCGUUGUUUUGUGGAGACCCCAUGGAGUGGCUUCAUUUCAAACAGGCGUAUGAAGAGUCUACCAAGGUCUGUAAUUUCAAAGAGAAUUAA